AUGGCCCAGGCCAUUGAAGAACUGUUCCUGGAACGAAGUUCGCGGGCCCCGCCGUCGAACAGGGUUUUACUACGAUAUCUCUUCCGGAACACCGCUUCACGGAAAGCGAUCUGGAAUCCAUCGAGAAGCGGAUGCUCGACAUCGGACGCCGGGGAUCGACAUCCGCCGCGAGGGAGCUUUACGGAGAGCGCCGUCGACUAUUUCUCGUCGACCCGAAAAGAUCCGUACAAGGUGGAGAUUCUGGAGGAUACCUUGAAAGAUACGCCCAAGGUGUCGAUAUACCACCAGGACGGGUUCGCCGACCUCGCAGCGGUCCGCACCUCGCCCAACACCUCGAAGCUGAAAGCGGCUGCUUGGACCAAUAUCUCCGCAUCGUUCUGA